AUGAGCAUCAAGACAGAGGAAAAAAAGAAAAAAAUAGCAAUAUACCCUGAGCAAGGCAAAAACGAGUAUAUUAGCACAAGCUUAUCGGAAGAGGCCAGCCCUGUGGAAAGAGAAGGCGUCUGGGGGAACACGCAGGAAUCAAUUCUCGGGGACAAGCCGUACAUCCUCCCAAACGGAGAGAUCUACAAAAAAAGAGUGCGAACUGUAAUGACGCCCAUGCAGAACGAGUCUUUGCGCAGAUACUUCCAAAUGAACCCUUUCCCCUCGUCCGAAGCACGGGCCUCCAUCUCUUCUUCCCUUGGCAUGCGGCCGCGCACUGUGCAGAUAUGGUUUCAGAACCAGCGGCAAAAGAUGAAACACGUGGUGCAGGAGGAAGAGAAGAUAAAAGAGUCCAGAGAAACCGUGGUGUACACGGGAGAAAAAGAAGAAGAGCCCCUGUGGGUGCUGGCUCAUCUCUCAUGCACUGUUUUAAACACAAAUAAUGCUAUGUAA